AUGGGUCGCUGCAUCUAUGGUUGCUCCGCCGUAACUUUCUUCACCUUCUUCCUCUUCCUCCUCUCCGCAUCCGCUUCGCCUCAGAAUUCCGAAUCGGGUCACCACAACUUAACCGGGUCGGGUCAAAUAAACUCAAACUCCGUCCUCGUCGCUCUCCUCGACUCUCGUUACACGGAGCUAGCCGAGCUCGUCGAGAAAGCUCUCCUCCUCCAAACCCUCGAAGACGCCGUCGGUCGUCACAACAUUACCAUUUUUGCCCCUCGCAACGAAGCUCUCGAGCGUGACCUUGACCCGGAGUUCAAACGCUUCUUGCUCCAGCCAGGUAACCUCAAAUCUCUCCAAUCGCUAAUCCUGUCCCACAUUAUACCCAAUCGGGUCGGGUCAAACCAAUGGCCCGACGAGAAAUCGGGUCGCGUCAAGCACGCCACGCUAGGGAGCGACCAAGUGCUGCAUUUGAGCAAAAUCAAAGGAAACGGAAAGAGAUUGAGAUUGGUGAAUUCCGCCGUAAUUACCCGACCCGACGAUUUAACCCGACCCGACGGGUUGAUCCACGGAAUCGAACGGCUCUUAAUCCCUCGAUCCGUCCAAGAAGAUUUCAACCGACGGAGAAAUCUCAGAUCAAUCUCCGCCGUGUUACCCGAAGGAGCUCCGGAAAUCGACCCGAGAACCAACCGUCUCAAGAAAUCCGCCGCCGCUUCCGUCUCAGUACCAGCCGGAUCUCCACCGGUUCUCCCGAUCCAAUCCGCUAUGGCUCCAGGUCCGUCGCUAGCUCCGGCUCCGGCUCCGGGACCAGGAGGUCCACGCGGGCAUUUCAACGGCGAUGCUCAGGUCAAAGAUUUUAUCCACACAUUGUUACAUUACGGCGGGUACAACGAAAUGGCGGAUAUUCUCGUGAAUCUGACUUCGCUCGCGACGGAGAUGGGUCGAUUGGUGUCGGAAGGUUAUGUCCUGACGGUGUUGGCCCCGAACGACGAAGCUAUGGCGAAAUUGACGACGGAUCAGUUGAGCGAGCCCGGAGCUCCGGAGCAGAUCAUGUAUUACCACAUCAUACCGGAGUAUCAGACGGAGGAGAGUAUGUAUAAUUCGGUUAGGAGAUUUGGGAAGGUGAAGUAUGAAACGCUGCGUUUUCCUCAUAAGGUUGCGGCUAAGGAAGCUGAUGGUUCGGUUAAAUUCGGUUCCGGUGACCGGUCUGCUUACUUGUUUGAUCCGGAUAUUUACACGGACGGUCGGAUUUCGGUUCAAGGGAUUGAUGGUGUUUUGUUCCCUGAGGAGGAAGGCGAGACGGUUAAUAAACCGAGUGGUUCGGUUAAGAAAGUUGUUCAACAGCGAAGAGGGAAGUUGCUGGAAGUAGCAUGUAGAAUGCUUGGAGCUAUUGGCAAGGACUCAUAUCUAAGCAAUUGCUGA